GGGGAUCACAGAUGAUUGGAUAAAUAUUUUUUUUUUGAAAAUCGUGUCGUGUCCGAUCAGAAUAAUAUGGCAAAAAUUAAUAAAAAGAAAAAUUAAACUAGGAUAUAGGAUAAGUAAAGUAUCAUAGUUUUCCCAAAAUUUCAUGUACAUAUAUUAAAUUGACCAAAAUGCCUCUUCAGUUGAAAAUUUUUACCCUAAACUGCUGGGGGCUUGCUUUAUUAUCAAAAAACAGAAAAUCCAGGUUCGAAGCUAUAGGAGAAUGGUUAUUGGCAAACCCAGUUGAUAUCGUAUGUCUUCAGGAAGUUUGGCUGAUGAGAGACUUUAAUUUUCUACAAGAGACACUUAUUGACUUAUUACCCUAUUCUCAUUACUUUUAUAGUGGUGUAGUAGGUUCAGGAAUUUGCAUUCUAUCAAAACACCCAAUCGAAGAAACCUUUUUCCAUCAAUGGUCCGUUAACGGUUACAUUCACAAACUACAACACGCAGAUUGGUUUGGAGGAAAAGGCGUAGGCCUUUGCCGCUUGAAAAUCGUAGAUGACAAGGAUACUUACUUUGCUAACGUUUAUACAACCCAUCUACACGCCGAAUAUAACCGUGCUUCUGACGAGUACCAAGCUCAUCGUGUCUUACAAGCUUACGACACAGCUCAAUUUAUAUUGCUCACCUCACAAUCUGCAGAUUUAAUUGUAUUAGCCGGCGAUCUUAAUACGGAACCGGAAGAUUUGCCUUACAGAGUAAUUUUAACUGUGCCAGGAUUGGUAGAUUCCUUUGUGCAAGCCAGAGAUGUGCCUCAAGAGAAAAUGGCAACUUGUGAUAGUUUCAGGAACAGCUAUACACCGCCAAUGUUGCUUAAAACGCAAAAGCUGGGUAAAAGAAUUGAUUAUGUUAUGUACCAUCCUGGAACAAAUGUUACAAUCAACUUGAAAAGCUAUGAUUUGCCUAUGUUAGAAAGAGUACCUAAAAAAUCUUUUAGUUACUCUGAUCAUGAAGGUGUAUUGGUUGAAUUAUCAAUAUCGCACAACUCAAAAUCAGGUUUAAAUCAGCCAGAUGAAGCGGCGAAAAAAUUAGUCCUAGAAGAAUGCAUAGACCUUUGCAAGGAUGCCUUGAAAAGUAUUGCAAAUGCAAAAAUAUUUUAUUGGUUUAUUGUUGUAUUCAUGUGCAUUUUUAUAAUAUGCAGUCUAGUUUUCCCAGCAGUUUAUACCGUGCCCGUUGUAACUGACAACCCAAUAAUAUUUUCAGUUUGCAGAGUUUUAUUGACCGGCCUUACGUUUUUUGCCUUUUUGAUGGCGACGCUGUGGAGCCCCAUUGAAAUGCACGGAGUGUUGUCUGGUAAAGUUGCAAUGGAAGUUUCUUUGAAGAAAAUUACCAAGAACAGCUAACAAAUGAUUCGGUAUUUGUUGGAACAAGAAACUAUAAUAAUUUAUUAACAAAAUUGAUUUGAGAUUAUCCCUAUAAAAACACGUUUUACAAUAAUUGUUAAGUUUUAAGGACCAAUAAUUAUAUAUAUAUAUAUAUAUAUUUUUUGAUUAGGUUUGUGCAAUAGUGUUUUUUGAGAUUUUAAGUUCCUUUGUGUAAUUUUAGUUUUGUACUAUAAUAUGUACA